GCGGCCGAUAACACGGUGUGGCUCUAGCAGAAUAACAACAUACGCACAAUACAACCACAACCACAACGGCCGGCGGACCGACAACACCUAGUUCAUUGAAAUAAUAAAUGUCGCGACGGUAAAAUAAUACGUUGCGCGUAAUAUUCGUAUAGGUUUUUGCCGCCGUCGUUCCGUCCACGUCCGCGAUCGUCGCCACCGUCGUCGCGAGUUGACGUCGUGCGUCAUUAUCGCAGUCUCUCCGCCGCCAUCGUACUCGCGGGCGCCCCUGCGCGUGUGUGUGUUUGUGUGUUUGAGUUUUCUUUGUGUGCCCGUUGCUGCGUGUGUGUGUGUGUGUGUGUUGUGUGUUUGCGCGUGUGCGUGUGUUAAUAUACUAUGUAAGUUAGGCGGGCCGCCGUCGCAUUGGUUUUUAUUUCUGUACGCGGCAUAUCAGUUUGUCAGCGUCCCGUCGCCGCAGUGUUUGCGUGAGUCCGUUUGGGCCACGCAGGAUUCCGUUUCGCAGCGAAACGCGCUGGGGUGAACGAUAGGGGUGCCGAGGGACCGGACACGCGUCGUCGUCGUCGGCGCGCCGUCGUGCGGCUGUACGAGCGCGAACGCAACAGUGGGAAUCGCACGUUCGCGACGAUGUGACAGCCGGAUGCGUGAAACCGCCACAGACGAUACUCAACAGUACUCCGUCCGUUUGACGCUCGCCGCCGUCGCGGCAGCCGCGAGCCAUAACAUGGCGUCCAACAGCGAUGCACCGGGUAAGUUCCUCGAUGUCUGCCGUUCGUAAUCCCGCUUUACUCAAGUCUUUCCCCCCCUCCCCCCGGCUUCCUUUUUUUUUAAUAUUGACGAGGACGACGCGUUGUGUCGUUGAUGGCUCGCGUGUUGGUUAUUGCGAUUUGCGCGCUUAUCUACCGUCUGAACAAUUGCCGUUGUUCGUAGAAAUGUUAUCUAUAGCGUUUUCAUAACACUUAUAUAGGUCGUUCGUGUAUCUAAUUUGAUGUACCUAAUGUUGUCUUACUCGUUGGUACCGUGAACGGUUCAUUUAUCGAACCGAAAACCGUUCGGCUUCCAACAUUUUAGCGUGUGUGUUUUGAUUAGAUAGGUACACAUUUUCUAGAUACACCUAUAUAGAUGGUAUUAUUGUGUAUAUAUUUGUAAAUAAAUACUAUCUGUGUAAACAAUAUAGUUCAAAGGUAUUUGAUAACAAGCAUAUUAUCUAUUGUACAAUUGUAUAAGUCCUAGUGAUACUGGGCGUACAGGGUGAUCCAUUUAACACGAUCUAUCGAUUUUAAGUGAAUUGAAUUUGUAUAUUUUUUUUUUUUAACGCUAUCAUUAUGAAAUCGUUUAAGUGUUGGUUUUUUAACACUUUCUACAAUUGUGUACACCUACCUACAUUAAAUGAGUUUAUUUACAUUACUCACACUCACACAUUCAUUUUUUAUUUUCAAAUAGCGCCCCCCUCCAUUUUAAACAAAAAUGAUGACACGCCUCUCAUUAAUUAUGAUUAAAGACUCGAUUUAUAUGUUUUUACGUAUCGUUAUUGAGUUUGUGCAUUUUGAUGAGAGUUGACGCGAUUCGUUUAAUUCUGAGUUCGUAGGAAAAAGUUUUUUCUUUUUUUGCAUAUUUGACAAUAUUUCAUGAGUUAAGAAAUAUUUAGCUUAUUUCGUAAAUUCCGAGAAUAAAAAUAUUAAUUUUAAUAAUACGGUACUUGGAAAAAUACAUUUUGAACAUUUACAAUUUCUUUUUUUUUCUUGUAUCUUUUUGAUUAAAAAGGUUUAGUGUGUUACCGUUCACUAAACAUGGUGGCCAACCUGCAUUGCUGGCAGUUGUUUUUUACACUGAUAAUAAUAUCAACCUAUUUGUUUAUCAUUAAUCAUUAUCAACUAUUCAAAGGUCCAAAUAUUUUGUUUUGCACUUUUCCAUUCGCGUGUAGCGUGAUUUUUAAGUUUUCAAAAAUUAAAUUACCUAUAUUGUUAUAUUUAUAUUAUAUUCUUACUCUUAUUUAAGUGGACUAUUAUUCUAUUUUAAUACGCAAGUUUCGAUAAUUAUAUAUGGAAUGUUGUAAAAAAAUUUCAUAUUAAAGCAUAUAUUAUAUUGAUGUUUAUUGAUAAUUUUAGCAUAUUUUUCAAACUUCUAAAAGAAUGUAAUGAUAAUAUUUACUUAUUUUAUUAUUUACUUUAAGAUAUUUUAAGUGUUUUAAGAGAAUAUAAGUCCGGUGUUUAAUUAUGAGUUAAUAGUUUUGGAGUUGUAGGGAAUGGUAAUACAUUUUAUAUUACCUAGCAAUUUCAAGAUAAUAAAUUCAUAACCUUUUCCUACUCCUCAGGUUUAAACUUCAAACCAAGGCACAGUAGAUCAGGAUUUGGUGUAUUCCCCUUGAUUUUGGUUUAUUUAAGUCUUAGAAGUAGUUAUUUAAAAAUCAAAACCAAAAAUUAGUUACUUAUUAGUUAUUGUUGCCAUUUGUGGUUUUUUUUUUUAACACAAUCUAUACACAUAUGAAUAAAAUUAAUGUGUUUCCUUGUCUUAGCUUAUCCCUGAAACGGCUGAACCAAUUUCCAUGGGACUUUUACUGUAAGAUAAGAGUAUUCUUCAUCCAAACGUUUAAUCUAAUUUAAAACGAAAAAUAAGACUGAUACAUUUGAAUGAAAUAGUGAAAUAUAAUUAAUGAAUUGUGAUUUAUUCGGUAUAUUUAUAGCUUCCCGAUAGUCGGCUAUAGGCGGGCAAUUUUUUUUUUCCCCUCUAAAUACAAUCCACCGGUGUAAUUAAAUAUUCAAGUCCAGUGCUCCAGUGAUUUCGAACGGAUUAAUAAUGUAAAAAUAAAAUAUUACACUUGCCUAAUCGAUGUAUUUCAAUGACGCCGUGUCUAAAAUAUACAAUGUGUAUGUUGAGAGACCACACGAGUAAUAUACGGGGUAUAAACGAUUUCGGAAAACCGAAAGUUAAUAGUACGUGUAUGUAUUAUAGCUUGUGGGUCCGGUGUAUUCAACGUUAAUUUUACGAUAACACACGAGUGUCAUGCACUACUUGGGUUUAUACCGUUACUGCCUAAGUGCAAUAAACAAUAAAUAAAUCAAUUUUUUACGCAUCAAAUUAUUUGUUUUUGAACGUGUUCCGGCCCACCGUGCAAUGGCGAUAAUCAUGAUAUACAAGACGUUUAUAAUGUACGCACGAUUCCCUAUUGGAUUUUUCUUGCCGAUUCCAGACAAAAAGUAACGCACAGGUGCGCGCACCAAAAGGCAAAACAAUGAAUUCGGAAUAAAUAUUAGUUCACUAAGUAGGUAGGUACCUAGUGUUAACAGCAGUAACCAUGGUGGGCAAUUGAUAUGGUUGUUAUCAUGGUAUUAGUCGCAAGUUUAAUUGCAUAAACCGUUGUGACCUACAGACAAUAUGUACAUAUUCUAUACACCAGUGGCGGUUAAACAAUAAUAAUAUACAUGUAUGCAAUGUACUUACAAUUUUAAAUUGUAAUUUUUCCUACGGUUUGACCUAGUAUUAAACAGAAAAUAAUGCACACCGCCUAUAUACCAAAAAAAGAAGGUUUGGAGUUAAACAUAAUAGUUGCCAAGUAAUUUGGUGGUAUAAAGUAGGCGGUGUACAGUGGUAUCUAAAUUAAAUUAUUUAAUUGGUAUCUUGGUAUUGGGUAUAGGUAUAAUAAUUAUUUAAACAAGCUAUAAUCCCCGCUAAAAAUUAUUCUGAAACCACAUUUUUUUUCGUUUGCAAUGGUUGUCAGUAAUUUUUUUCGAUUUCGGAUCUUUAUUAUUUUUUGAAACUAUCGUUUUCGGAGAAGUCCCCAAAAAUCAAUCGUUUAAAUUGACUAAUCAUCAAAUAUAAUAUUAAUCACUAUUUUACUAGGUAUACAUUUUAAUAUUUCUUUUUUUUUUUUUUUUUUUUAUUAUUUGAACCUAUUCUUUUAUACCUAAAUAAGAUAAUUAAAAACUAUAAACGAAAUUGAUUAUUAAAUACAAAAUUUGUUUAAAUUAAAUUUAUUAAAUAUUUAAUAUAUUAUAAUAUAAAUUUUGUUAUGUAGGUACUUGUGUGUUUUGACAUACAGUAUUUUGACUGUUUUUUUAGACGACUCCUGCGUUGUAAAAUUAUUCUACCUGCAACACUGAAAACUUAAAUGCUACUUGCACUAAAUGUUGGUGUACCCAAAGAGUUGACUAGUUAUUCGGGAUAGUAGGGAAAAUGUCUUAUUUUGACUUUUUCGUAAAUUGAAUAUGUCAGUAUUAACAUUUUUAUCUAAAAAACAUGUUAAAUAAUUCUUCAUUUCUUGCAUCAUCUUUAGAAAACACUUAAAAUCAACUCUAUUUUUCUUGUUUACGAAAAUUUACGAAAAUAAUGCUUUUAUUAUUUUCAAUUUUGUUUUUUGUUAUUCUGUUUUAAAUAUUCGUAGAAAUUUGAAAUGGACAGAAAACUUAUAUUUGCUAUUCUAGACGUGAUGAAAUUUAAAAAAAACCAACCAUUUUUGAGCUUUUUAUAGACAUUUCAAUUUUGGGAGUUUUGUACGUAAUUUUUAUUCGGUAGGUACUUUGUGGAUACAAUUUUAAGACUAAACAGAAAAGUUUGAAAAUUUAACAGGAGGCUUAUUAAAAGCCGUGCUUUGUAAUAAUAAUAAAAAAAGAAUUUGAGUUUAAUGUAGUAUUUUUCUUAUAGAGGAAUUUUAAUAUGAAAUUUUGACAAAAAUCGUUUAAAUAAAAAAUUAUCUAUAUGCCUAUGUAAAACAAAUAUAGCAACUGCAGGUCCAUGCAAAUUUUUCAAUUCUUUUAUUCUUUGUUUGAAUACAUUUAUAUUGCCGAUUUAAGAACGACGGUGAAGUCAGAAUUGAGCUGACUGACUUAGUUUAGAAAUUAUAACUUUUUGAAAUUGUGGUAUUAUGCGCAUAUCAUAUGUGUUAUGUAUAAAUAACUCAAUAUUGUCGAUUUUACAGUACGUUUAUCGUAGUCUAAUAGUGGCACCCGUUGUCAUCCCAGAUAUCGCAAGUUCAAACCUUAGUUUCGAAAAAAAUAUUUUUACUAAACCACGUCGGGCAGAGAAUAGGUAAAAACAAAUGCAUUUUGGGUGCACUUAGAGACGUCGUAAUAUGACAUAAUAUAUAUUGUUAAAAAAGCAAUACUAUUAUCCAAGCUCCGCUCAGAAUAGUUGUACGUUAACAAGAUUAAUCAUUUCGUAGGUACAGGCAUUGAUUAAAUAUACAUAGAUAGCUCACGGCUAUACAAAAUAUGUCUUAGCUGUAAUUAAUAACACACAGUUCUCAAAAGAUGGCAUUAGCAUGCCAAUAUUAAAGAAAUAAUUAUAAUCGAAAUCAUCAUAGGUGGUAUUAUCAUAAGUGGUAUUAGCAUAAGUGGUAUUAGCAUAAGUGGUAUUAGCAUAAGUGGGCGGGAGGGAUCAGAUAAGUAAACCGACCGUCAUAAACAACAAUUCCCAGUUUGGACUUUGUACCUAUAGAAGUAAAUUGCGAUAAAUAAACAAAACCGUGCUAAAUAUUCUUUUCUCUAUGGUGCGCUCCCACCAGUCAUAACUCAUAAUAUAAUAAUUUAAUUUAUAUUAUUAUAACAGCGCUACAGCAGUUGGUAUAAAAUAUUACGUUUUCAUGUUUUCUUUUCGUCAAAUAUCAAUAAAAUAAUUUACGGACGUUUUCUACCAAAAUUAUUGCUCUAAUAUAAAAACGACAAGAGACCUUUUUUGUUGCAUAUUGAAUCUUGUAUACUGUGGCGCAAGUCAAUUUUUGAUUUUCUCUGUAGUUUUUAUAAUAAAUGGGAAAACCCCGGAAAAAACGUACAAUUUCACACACGUUUGUACAAUUUUUUUAUUGAAAAAGAAAUAUUAUUAAGAUUAACAGAUCUCCGCUCAGAAUCGUCUUUCGUCUAUUAAAUUUACCUAGACGUGAUAACAUUUCCAAAAUAUUCGAAAGACUUUUUUAAGAUGAUACUUUUUUUUUUCUUUACUGGGAACUACUUUUCUCUUAGAAAACUUACUCCAAUGUAUAAGUAUAGUAGCACCUUUUUUGAAAGUCAAUUUUGUCUACCUGGUAAAUACAUUUGUCAUUUUUUGAUUUUCGAAACGGUAUUUAAAACAAAAGCGAUUAACCGGCAAAAAACAUACAAUUUUUUCACGAUUUCGUUAUUUUAAAUAAGUACCUACUUACCACGUUUAUUAUUGUUUACAGAUAUAAAUUAAAUAACCUAAUGUGUCUUACCUACCCAACUUCCCACCUACAACAGUGCCCAUCCAGUAUCUUACCUUUUUGACUAAAAGAUAACUCUGAGUAAAAAAAUGUAUUACUUACACAAUGUAAUAUUCAUUAUAAUAAACAUUAUUUAUUUUAUUAAUUUGUUUACUAUUUACAUUAUUUGUACCUUAGAAAUUAUAUUAGAACAGUUGAAAAUUAAACAAAAAACUAUAGAAACUAGAAAUAUGUGUUUCAACUGAAAUAAUGACCUUAUAAUACUCGUUAUCAAUGUUGAACAAAAGUACCGAUAGUGUAAAAAUUUAAAAAUAAUCAAUUUGAUACUAAUAAUAUAAAUUAACCAUCCACCGUUAUGGUGGCGCUACACACAAUCAGUUAAAACUGUUCAGUAAAAAUUGUCAGUUAAAACUGACGCCCCUUGUGUACACACACGUUCAUUUUUAACUGAAAACAAACAUCAUUUUUUCAUUUUCUUGUGUUGUGUAGUUAUGAUUACAAGAUGUUAUCUGAUGAUGUUAUUGCCGUAUUUAUAUUACUAUUAAUUUUGAAAAAUAGAAAAAAACAAAAUAAACAUAAAGAAAUAAAAAGGAAUGUUUAUUUUCAUGUAAACGUAUUAACAGAACUAAAAAUUGUUCCAAAGGAUUGGCAAUAGAAAUAGUUGAGAAAGAAGGAAUGAAGAUUAUAUAGGUAAAACAGAAAAUAUUUACGGCGCACCCCAGCAUUACCAUUUUCAUUGUGUUAUACUUAAGUUUUUUACCAAAAAUAUUACCCCAAUAGAAAAACAUCAAGAGAUAUUUUUUGUUGAAUUUUUAUUCUAGUUAAUUUUUUAAUAUUGUUAGUUAAUCUUCUCACAGGAUGAGGAUUAUAAAUAUAUAUAUUUAAAUUUUUAUUUUUAUUUUUUUUUAUUGACAGUUAAAAAAAUAACUUUAUUUUAUUAUUUUUGGAAAAUUUUAAGAUAGUCAUUUUGUAGAGUUCAUUUUUCUGAAAAUUUAAAUGUAUCACACAUUUAUAUGUGAUUAAUAGUUUCUAGAUAACAGUCAUUUUAAAUUCUAUUAAUCUAUGUGAAAACCGAUGAUUUGUGUAAAAAAAGUGAUUAUUCUCUAGAUAUCAUAGGUUUUCAUACAAAUUAGUAGAAUUUAAAACAGCUGCUACUUAAAAACUAUUUAUCAGAUAUAAAUGUGUGAUCCAUUCAAAUAUUUAGAAAAAUAAACUACAGAAUGGCUAUUUUAAAAUUUUCCAAAAAUAAUAAAAUAAAAAGUUAUUUUUUUAAUAAAAAUAAAAAAUUCUUAUAUAAUUAUUUGUGUCUCUCACUCCUGUGAGUAAUAUAUAUAUAUAUAAAAAAAAACAUAAUUUUAUUAUCUUUAUUGUCUUCGGAGAUAUUAAAGGGGUAUAUCUUCAUGGGGCAGCCUCGAGUAUAGUAUUGUAUGAAAUUUUAUUAGUUAAAAGAGCUUUAAUCUACCACUUUACAUCACAUACCAACACUUUCCCAACCUUUUUGACCUCAUGGAUCUCUGGUUCAUAAAUGCAAAUUCUAAAGAACUCUAAAAAAGUUUAUAGUGUUUAUACUUCAAGUCCCAGGUCCCUUAUUCAGAUAUUUUGAACCUAAAGCUCUUUUUCCAAAAAUAAUGUUACACUUAUUAAAAAAAAAAAAAAUUAUAAAAUAAUAAUCAAGGAUUUUUUUCAUUUGUAACAUAAUUUAUUAAGUUUUCAUAUUUUUCUCGUGGACCACUGGUUGGCCACUGGUUGACAUACAGAUUCAAUGAAUAAAUGAUAUAAAGUAGAAUUAGUAGAGCUAUAUUACAGGAAGAGAAAAUUAAAAUAUAUCAUAACAAAUUUAUAUUUACUACUAACAUAAAUAUAGAUGUCAUGUAAACAAAAAAAUAAUUUUUAUACUAUUGGCUUAUUAUGUAGUAUCUCAUACAAAGUAAUCUGGAAAAUUGGUGCAUUUUGAAAUCUAACAUCUGUAGAAACCCUGCUUUUUUAUUUUCUACAUUGCCACUUUAAAUCCACCCAUAGUUCAAAGUACAUGGACUUUUAUAUUACUACUAGUUGGGUAUCAGUAUAUUUAAUAUGAUUGUCUAACUUCUGGAGUUAUUUAUAUACCUUUUUUUUUGGUAUUAGCAAUAAGUAUUACACACAUUUUUGAAGAUAAACAAUUUAUAAUAUUUUUAUUAUUAAUUUAUAGAUUCAAUUUAUAAAUGGAUCGAUAGGAAACCUCUAACAGAAGCAAUUACAUGGACAUCCAGAGAAAAGUUUUGGUUAAUAACUGCUAUAUGUCAUUAUGGAAUCCAUGAUUGGUAAAUAUCUACCAAUAUUAAUAUUGUAUUUUACAGUACCUAAUUAAUUUUUUUACAAGCAGUUUAAAACAGGCAUGUCUAACUCAAAAUAGAUUAGUUCAAUAAUUUGUAAUAAAAAUCAGCUACGAAAUAAAUUUAAUUAACAUAAACUUGAAUUUGUAUGGGUUUUUCUUUUUCUCACCAACUCUUAUAUGUUUAUGUGAAAUAUUAAAUGUUUUGAAAGAUGAUUUUGAGUUUGAUAAGCCUGGUGUAGAAUAUAGGAAGCUCAUUUCCUUAACACAGCAAGGUUAAUUGUCAUUGUUUUCUUAACUCCCAAUAAUACCAGGCUUUAACAAGUCAUUUAUUUUUGCACCUCUGUAUAAAUAAGACCUCUUACAUUAUUAAAUUUGUCAUCUAUUGAAAUUCUGACUACUUUUAUAAUGUUACGAUUCUUGUAAUAAAAGUAAUAAAAGUUCAGCACAGGGGUCACUCAAUUUAACCCAUGCCUCAAGUAACAUGUUAAUAUUAAAAAAAAAAAUGUUAAAUGGUGAUGGAUUCGUAUAUACAAUUCUAUAUAAUAUACAUAUAUUAUAUAUAUAAAAUAUAACAUUGUUUAGGAAAUCUGUUGCUCAAGUUGUUAGAAAUUCUGGAGAACCUUACAGACCUAGAGAAUGGUACACAACAAAAAGUUGUGAACGUCAAUUUAAAAUUAUUGUGUCAAAUUAUAGUAAGGAAAUGAAAUUGCCCUUUAAUGAUAUGUUGCGUCACAUUGCAGAAUGUUUAAAAUUUGGUAAAUAUAAGUACUUAUAAUUAUAAAAAUACAUUAUUAACUUAAAUAAUUUUUUGCCUAUUUAGUAAUUUGUGUUACAUCUCUUAAUAAUUAUAUACUAAUUUUUUUAAUUAUAACAGAUUACAUAAAAGAUGCUAAUAAAUCAAAAGACAAUUUAAAAGCAAAAUACUGUAGUUUGUUUAAUAUGUUGAAUCGUGUGAAACAAGGAAAUUUAUCUAGACAAGAAAUUGUGAAUCUUUAUUGUCAUGCAAGAAGGUUAAUAUAUUUUUUAUUAUUAUUAAAUUGUUUUUAAAUAUAUAGUUUCGGGUGGUGCUGCUGAGUGCCUGCCCACAAAUGCUAAAUUCUGUUACUUAUUACAUCAACUAUCAAAUUUGCUCAUUGUACAUAAUGUUGUAUAGGUUGUAAAUAAAAUUGCUUUAAAAAAAAAAAAUAAUUAAAAAAAUAUAUAUAGUUAAUUGGCAUAAUGGUUAAUAUGUUUUUCAGAAAUGAAGUUGAAAGUAAACAAUAUAUGGAUCAACUUAUGAACAGACAAAAUGCUAGUUUAGCUACAGAAAAUUUAAAUUCAUCCUUAUCAGAAGAAGUGAGUUUUUUUAAUUAUUAGUAACUUUAUUUUUAUCGGUAUUUGUAAUAAAAUACAUAUUUUACCAUAUUUAACAUUGAACUUUUCUGUGUUAUAGCCAAUUAAAUGGAAUACUCCAUCUGCUCCUUUAUUGACGAGCCUAUUAAGAUCUCGUAAUACCAUACCAGCUAAUAGGACUGUUACUACUAUUACUUCUUUGUUACAAUCUCCAGGUGGCACUUCUAGAACUAGAUCUGGAAAACUGUUACCUUUAUCUACCAGUGUUAGAACUCAAGGUAAAUUGUGUAUUUCUUUUUUGUACAAAUUCGUAUAAUUUGAUUUUACUUACAUAAAUUAAAAAAAAAUAAAUAGGUAUUUAGGUAAUAAAUACCUAACUAGUAUUAUUGACAGUAAUAUUAUUUUUAUAAACUAUUAGGAACUCCUACACUUUCCAAAUUACUAGAAGCUCCAGCAAAUCCUUAUAUUCCAAGUCCAACACAAUCAGUUCAGAAAACUAAGCCGAGUAAGUGUUUUAAAGUUUUACCCUUUAUUUAUUAUGUGUAUUGAAAAUGUAUUUUAUAAUAAAUUCAUUUAUUUUAUUUAAAAUUGUUUUCUGUUCUCCUAGUUGAUGUUGUUGAAGCAGAUAAUGUACUUGUUGGAAAUACUUCUAGAAAAGUAAGUUUGCAAAACCUUUUAACAUUAAAUCUCUAGUGUAUUUUGUUUUAACAUUUGCUUCAUAAAAUCAUUUCUAUGUCUGACUGUCAUUUUAAAGUUUUAUAGGUAUGAAAUCUGAUUACAUCAUAUUUUUUGUCAUAAUAAUACAAAUAGAUAAUUUUUAAAUAUUAGUUAUAUUUUAUUUAAACUAAUAUUCAUUAUUAUAAUUUUGAUAUUCUCUGAAAUUUAUUCAAAUAUAAGAUAAAAAUAAAAAAAUAAAUCUACUUUUAAUUACUGAUAAUCUAAUAUCAAUGAAUUCUUGUCCUUCAAUAUUAUUUAAGUUUAAAAUUAAUUUAUUAUAAUAUUUAUUAGUAGUUAUAUUAUGCUAUAUUAGUUUCUAAUGUGUAGGACUUAAAUAAUUUGUGUGUAGUAUUAUUAGUUCUCAACUUAAAAUUUAAAGAUAUUUAAUUUUUAAUAUAUGUUUUGAGGGAAGAUAUUUAUAUUUGUACAUACAUGUGAUGUUAUUAUUUAUUUUUGAUUAUAAAUGUAUUUUAUAUUAUUAAUAUUCUUAAUUUUAAAAUAAAUAUGAUGUUUAAUUGUAUGUGUAUAUAUAAGUAUGUAUUUUUAUAGGAGAACUUGCAGUCAGCAACAUUAAAUAGAGUACAAAUAGAUACUAUAACAUCUGAAUCUGUGAAUCAGAUCAAUAAAUCAGCAGAUUUACCAAUUUUGAAAAAACAAAUGCCUAAAAGUCCUAUAUCUGCAGUUAAAACUGGAUCAAAAGAGAAUUUAAAUGUUGUUGAUUUAUUAAGCGAUAGUGAAAAUGAGGAGGACAAUACAAAUUCCAUUCAAAAUAUUCAUUCACACAAUUUAUUUGGAGAAAAGAAAGAUACUGUUAUCUCGGUUAUUAAUAAUUGUAAUAUAAGUAGACUUGAACAAAGAGCAACAAGAAGUCAAACCCGAGCUGAAAGUGGUUUUAAGCAAUUAAAUAAUAGUAAACUGUUUGACAUGCAAAAAGAAAGAGAUAAUUUGCAGCAACUAAGUGGAGGUCCUCAAUUGACUGAUACCAAUUUAAUUGAAGAUGAAUUAAUUGAUAUAGACCAGAUUGAAGUUGAACCUCUGUCUGUUCAUGAUGAAAUUAUAACUCAAACUACACCUAAAUUUAUACGAUCUUGUAUCCAAAAACCCUAUGCAAAUAAUUCUGUAGAGAAUAUAUUAACAAAUAAAGUGAAUAAUAAAGAAAUAAGCAACCGAAUGUUGGAGGAAAUUUCAGCUAAUUUUGUGUUAAAUUCAUCUAUAAAAAAUGUAUCUACAGAGUAUAAAAACGUUAUGAUAGGCCAGUCUCAUAUUGACAAUGCAAAUAUAUCAGAAUCUUUUUUUCCUGUUGAUGACUCUACUGUUACAGAUACUAUUUUACUAUGUAAAGAUGGACAGUCUAUCUUAAAUUCUGGUAACACACUUAAUAAAACAUUAUUAAACAAAAAAAGGAUAGUUGAACUUAAAAGUACAAAUAUAAGAUGUGAUGAUGGUAGAAAUGACUCAAAAAUGUUGUCAUUUCUUAACCAGCCUAUUGUAGUUCGUAAUAAAAUAAAAACACCGUUAAAGGUUAAACCAACUUCUGGGGAGAAAAUUGAUGUGCUAAUGAGUAAUGAUUUAAAAAGACCUACUCGAUUACUAAAUAAUGUACCAACUAUAGCUCAGCUGUUUAGUAAAAGCCAUCAGAUAUCUGAUGAAGUUAUUGUUAUUGAUGAUGAUGAUUGUAGGCCAUUAGCAAAAAAUAAGGAAUUGCCUGGUAAAAAUAGCUCAAAAAGUUUGCCUUUAAAAGUAAUUGAAGCAACUCAUAGUUCUAAUUCAGGCAAUUCAAAAUCUAGUCUUCACUUAGAUGAGAAAAAAACUAGAGACAAUAAACCUUGGAAAAUGUUUGGAAAAACUAAUAAUGUUUUAAAUCUUUCUUCAAGAAAUUCAACAAGUCAAGAUAGUACAUCUAAAAUUGGUAAUAACAGUCGUAUAAGUCACACAAGUAAUCAAUUUAUAAAAGAACUUGAUUUUGAAUUUGAUCAUUCAAUCCCUCAAACUUCAUUAUCUGAAUUAUAUAAUGGAGUUGAAGAAAUGCAUUCUUUUGAUAAUGAAGAAUUGAAUUCUUUAAUUGAGUGUAGUUCUUUAGAUAAUAGUGAAACAGAUGUACGUGAAAACAUAAUAAAUUUGGAUCAAGGAGAUUCCUCUGUAAGUGGAAGUGAUUCAACCAUUGGAGCUUUUGAUACUUUUGCUCAGAUUACUGGAGUAUCACUUAAUUCAUCAACUUCUAAGGGUAUUAAAUCUCUUAAUAGAAACCCAAAGAUUGCAAAUGAUGGAAAAGAUUUAAAUGGUGAUAAAGGUUUUGUUCAGUCUCGUGAUCAAAUCUCAGCAGUAUCGGUUACUGGAAUUCCUAUAUUGCAAGGUGUAAUAUCGGAUGUUAUGAGUAAAAUUGAUUCAAACCGUGUUACCACACAUAAAGAGGUUGUUUCCCAAAAUAUUUCUUCUGAUGAAAUUGUUGAAAUAAGUAGUGAUGAAGAAGAGAUAGUACCAAAUCCCAUUCAGUUUUCUUCAAAUGACCCUGGACCAAAAAAAAAUAUUAAAUGUAAUAAUGAAAUAAAAACCUACAAAUCGAAUGAUGAACAAUUGAAUAAAUUACAUGAAUUGGAAUCAACAUUUAUAAUCGAAGUUGAUGAUGAUUCAUUAGAAACCGAUUCUAUUGGAACAAAAAUUAGUGAAAAAAAUAUUCCAAAAGAAAUAAACACUUUUGUUAAUGUUCAUAAACCUGAUAUAUUGAAUUUUAAAAGUUGUUCUUUUAAUAUAAAUAAUAUGGAAAUAAAAAUAAAAGAUUCUAAAACAAAAGAAAAUAAAAUAAAUUGUUCAAGUAAUAAUGAUAAUAAUUUAAUAAACACCAAUAUAAUGAAAGAAACUAAAUUAAUUGGAUCAAGAGAGAAAACUGAAUUUAAAUGUUUAAGAGGAUCAUUGAAAUUACCACGAGAAAAUCCAAGAGAAUACAAUAAAAGAGUAAUCAAAAAUAUAAUGGCCUCUGAAGAUAAUAUGUGUAUAAAUGUCGAGGAAGAGGAUAUAAAUGUAAAAGAAGCCACUGAAAAUAAAUUGGAAUCUGAACUAAUGAAAAGACUUAAAAAACCUGAAAUAAAAAGAGUUAAUGAAACUAAAUUAAAUGAUGAGUUUGAAGCUGAGAUUAUGCAACGAGCUAAUAAAAAGAAUGAAAUAAAAAAAAUAAUUGACGUAAAAAGUUUUGACAAUAAAAGAAUUAAGGAUGCUGAAUUUUUACAAAGAGUUAAGGAAAUUGAAAUUAUUAAAGCUAGAGAUGCUGAAAUAAAAAGAGCUGAAGAAGCCGAGUUACAGAAAGUUCAAGAAGCUGAACUUAAAAGUGCCAAGGAAGCCGAAAUUCAAAGAGUCAAAGAAGCCGAAAUUCAAAGAGCUAAAGAAGCCGAAAUUCAAAGAGCUAAAGAAGCCGAAAUUCAAAGAGCUAAAGAAGCCGAAAUUCAAAGAGCUAAAGAAGAAGAAAUUCAAAGAGUCAAAGAAGAAGAAAUUCAAAGAGCCAAAGAAGCCGAAAUUCAAAGAGUUAAAGAAGAAGAAAUUCAAAGAGCCAAAGAAGCCGAAAUUCAAAGAGCCAAAGAAGCCGCCGAAAUUCAAAGAGCCAAAGAAGUCGAAAUUCAAAGAGCCAAAGCAGCUGAAAUUCAAAGAGCCAGAGAAGCCGAAAUUCAAAGAGCCAGAGAAGCCGAAAUUCAAAGAGUCAAAGAAGUCGAAAUUCAACGAGCCAAAGAAGCCGAAAUUCAAAGAGCCAAAGAAGCCGAAAUUCAACGAGCCAAAGAAGCCGAAAUUCAACGAGCCAAAGAAAUCGAAAUUCAACGAGCCAAAGAAAUCGAAAUUCAAAGAGCCGAAGAAGUUGAGAGGAGAGAAGCGGAAAUGAGAAGAAGAAAAGUAGAAGAGUUCAAGAAAGUUGAAGAAGAGAGAAGAAAAAUUAAAGAAGCUGAAACUCGAAGAAGACUCAUUGAAGAAGAAAUUAGAAAGAAAAGAGAAAUAGCUUUAAGAAGAGCUAAAGAAGCAGAGGUAAAAAAAUUUAAAGAAGCUGAAAUAAAAAGAGCAAAAGAAGAAGCUGAUGUUAGAAAAGCAAAGGAAAUUGAACAAAGAAAAGCAGCUGAACUACUACUCGAAUUAAAACGAAAAGAAGAGAAUAUAGCUAAAAUAAAAGAAGCUGAAUUAAAGAAGCAAAAAGAUUUGGAAUUCAGAGAGGCUGAAAUAAUAAGAAAAUCUCAGUUGGCUAAAACUAAAGCUAAAGAGGUAAAAAUGAGAAAGAAAACUAAAAAAUUGCAAGGUAAAAAAUUAUUGAAAAAAAAGGAUGUUUUAGCUUUUGAUAAUAGAACUAAACAACUUGAAUCUAUUGACAAUAAAAAAAAUAUUACUAAAAAAAUGAAGCAGAAGAAGCAAAAAUCAAAGAAUGCCAUUGAAUAUGUAGUUAGAAAACCUAAAGUUAAUGAAACUACAAUUAUGACAAGGAAAAGAAAAUCAAAGACCGAAGAAAACUUAAAGUCACCAUGCACAAGUUAUAAUCAUUCUAAAACUGAACCUUCAGGAAAUACUCCAGGAAAUACUAAAUGUUCUAGCGUUUCAUUAGUAUCUCGUAGAUGUAGGAAUUCAAUAAGUCUUUUUAAUAUGCCAAUGAAUAUAGUUUCAAAAUCAAGAAGAAAAUAUAAAGAUUUCGCAAUUUCUAGUACAGGCCCUAAUAUUGUAAGUAUUAGAAAGACAAUCAUUAGUCAAAAUAGGAAAUUUGCUUUUAAAUGCAGAACUCGAUCUUCAUCAUUAUUUAAAAUUAGUAGAGUGAAGAAAGUUAAGUCUAAAUUUUCCUACAGUCCUAAUGAAACAGAAUCUGCACCGAAGAAAAAACCUAUUAAAAAAAAACCUCGCCUAAAAAUAUAUCGCCCAAUAAGAUCAAACAAAUUUAUAGCCUAUGAUAUUCCAGCCGCAUCUGGUUAUAACUGUAAUAACACCAUAGAGUUAAUUAAAAAAGAGGCAGCAAAGGUGUUCAUGAAUAAAAAAAUGAAUUCAAAUGUUCCUGUAGUACUUAUUAGUUCAAAUGAAGUUGCGGAAUAUAGAGAAAAGAUAGCCGAGUUGAAAGCAUUAAGGCUUGCUGCAGCAAAUAAUGAUUCUUCUAAAAAACUGGAUCCCAAAAUGUAAGUAGAUAUAAUUUAUUACCAUAGAGUUUUAAUAAAUAAUAACACAUCUAUAAAAUUGUAGUGUAAAUCCUGGAGAACAAAUACAAAAAAAAAUUGAUGUUGGUGAAAAACCUGCUCCCAAGAAACGAGGAAGAAAACGUAGAAUUGAUAUAGAAAAUGAAAAACUCCAAAAGUCUAAAAAGUAUGACCAUAAUUAUUAUUGAUCUUUUAUAUAAUCACUUUUUAAGAUGUACUGGUUUGAUGACAACAUGUGUUGAGGUUAAUUUAAAACCUGUGUCAGAACUGAUCAUGGGCUGCUCUGCUAGAAAAUUAUAUAUGAUUGAUAUACCAAUCACAAAUAACAUGAUUUAUAUGUUUAUCUUAAAGAUAAUAAAUAAUUUACAAAAUAAACAAAAACAAAAAAAAAAUAAUAAUUGAUCUUCUUUUAACCAGUAUAUCUUAAAUCAUGAUAGCAAAUAAAACAAAUAAAAAAAAGUUUCUAUGAUUGAUCUUAAAUAUUAUUUUACAUAAAAUGAUUUCAUUGUGUACUAUUCAAAUGUAAACAUAUUGUAAUCAUUAUUUUUUGUUAUUUUUAUUUUAAAAAGAAAAGGUUUAAUAAUAAUAAAUAGUAAAUUACACAGUAGGUCACUCUUAAUAUUAAAUUAAGUUACUUUUUUUUUAUUAAUAUUAAUUACUUCAAGCCAGAUAUAAUCACAACUUUAUUUGUAUAAUUAAUCUCAAUUUAUACUUGGCAUUUAUUAUAUUUAAAAUGUUUUCAGGGACAACCAAGCAAAUAAAAAAAGUCAACUACCCAAAGUAUGUUUCCCCCCCCCCCACCCAAAAAAAAUAAUUUUUUUUAAAAAAAAAACACUUUUUCUUUAGGUGUUUGAACCCCCAGCUAAAAGAACCAGAAGAAGCAAAGAAUUACGAGAAUCCGACAGGUUUUAUUCCAGAAAGAGGUAAGAUGUAAUUUUGAUUUUAUAAUUUAUUUCUUGUUUUUGUACAUUUUUCUUCAGAAUGAAGAAUAUUUUGUUUGUUAUAUAGUGUGUAUCAAUUUCUCCUAUCCUAUCUUUUGGGCACUUUUAGUGGCUCUGAUUCAAAUGAGUUCAAUAUUGUAAAUUGUGGGAUGUUUUAUGGGCAUUCAAUGAGAAUUCUGAACAUUAUGUCUCUAUAAGGAGUGGGUUUUUUUUUCAGUUUUGUGCAACAUUACAAACUCACUUAUAAAUGAAAGCCAGGAUUAUGAAACUUUCUUUAUGCAUGGUGUUAAAGAUAUGCUGUUUGGGGGUUUAAACUUGCAUCUCCCCCCCCCAACAAAUAGUAUGUUUCCUUAAAAAAUAUCAGGAGUUUUAACCCUAUAAUCUAUAAUGUAAAUAAAAUUCUGGCAACCAUAACUAUUUUAGAUGAAUUGCAUAAAAAAAAUCUAAUGAAAUAAUGUACUGGCGAUAGGUAUGCUGGGGAAAUAUUUAAAAUUUAAUAUUAAUUUGUGUAACAUUACACUUGUGUUAUACUGUCUCAGUUUACCAAACAUUAGCACAAUUAAACCACAAAAGUAAUGAUUUGUUUGUGGACUUAAUAUUAAAUUAACAUUCAGAGAAUGAAAACAGUUUAGUUAACAUUUCCUUUGAUCAAAUUUUAAAAGAAUAUUAUUUUUUCAUAUUUUCAGCGUUUCACAAGAAACUUUUUUGAGCAAAAAAAUUUUAAAAAUAUUACUGAAUAAAAUAUGUGGCAUCAAAACUUUUACAAGAGUUGAGAGGCAUGUAAAAUAUUUGUCUGAAGAAAAUUCAUUUAUCAUCAGAAGGUAAUACAUUUUAAAAUUAGUUAAACAAAAUAAAAAUCACCAUAUUUCCAAAUGAUAGUUCCUGAUAAAUUUAAUAUGUUUUUUAUAAUGAAUUAUAGAUCUGUGCCCCAGAUUGCAUGAAAACUGUUCUUAGUUCAGUAUGUGAACUACAGUUCAUAUGUUAGUUAUGAACAAUUAUAAUUACUAAACAAAUUGGGGUUCUUAAAUGUUGUAAGGUAGAAGACAAAUACUGUUUUAAUGAAACCUAUUAAAUAUGCUGGCACUUUAUGGCACUAAACAUAAAAUAUGCUGUACAUUUUUUUCAACAUAUUUAACUAAACAAUUUAUUUUUUAAAAUUUAAGUGUAGUUUAUAUUGAAAUACUUAAUUUGACAUUCAUUCUAUCCCAAAAAUAAUAAUUUGAAUAUAUAUUAUGAUUUUCAGUUUUAUAAAUACAAUUUUUUAAAAAAAAAUUUUUAAAAAGCUCUCUAAAAUAUUUUAAUAAAAAAAAAAAACCUAAUAUGAAUAAUAAAAUUGCAGGUUUGGAUAUUGCCUGAGUAGUAUAGCAGCAAUUCUUAAUCUGUUUUUGGUUCUUCCAAACCCUACAAAUAAAAUAAAUCAUUGCCCCUUCUAUGAAUAAAUUAUCCACAAUUUUGUAUUAUUUAACCCUAAAGAACACGGUUUAUUUUCAGAGUUUUUUUUAUUGUUUGAAAAAUAGGGAAUGUAAACCUAACCAAUAUAGGUACCUUUAAUUAAGUUGUUGGUGAUAAACUUAAAUUAGUUACAAUUCCCAACUGUAUAAGAUCUGAUGACUGCAUUAUAGAAGAGUUCAAUACCUAUUAAAAUAUGGUCUACAAAUUACAUGUAAUUACAGAUGUACAAAGCCAUGUGUGUGCUAUACUGUGGCAUUUAUAAACAAUUAAAUUUUUUAAAAACUGAAUUGUGGGUUAUUUUUUAACUGUGUUUUCUAAUAAUUUUUGGCUGAUAAAUGUUUACAAAUUAAUUCUGUAUAGCAUACAAUAUUUUAUAAAAUAAAUUAUUAUAUAUAUAUAUAUAUAUAUAUAUAUAUGUGAUAACAUUUAUAUGAAAUUUUUAGUUGUUUAUGUUAUCAAUAAAAGUAUUUGGCAAUUUUUAUUUGUUUAAAACUUAUAGAAUAAUUACUAUUUUAAUUUAUUGAGUUUUUAUUGAAAUAUUUUUCAUACAUAAUUAUAAACAUCCAUCUUUUAAAUAUCUUUAAUGUAUACUCUACGAUUAAUUUGAAUAAAAGUAUAACCAAAUAUUAUUUAUUUCUGAAAAUUAUUACCAAAUUUGUGUUAUAUGGUUUUUUUUUCUUUACACAAUUCUAGAAGUAGUUUUUUUGACUCAAAACAUUGUGUUUUCUUUAUAAUUUUUUUUUUUUUUUUUUUUUUUUUUUUUUGUAGACCGGUUGUUUUUAAAGAAAUUAAGAAGAAAAUUAAUACUGGACAAAUAAGAACUCUCACAGAACUUCAAGUCUAUAUUUUUACAAUAAUAACAAAUGCUAUUGCAAUUAAUAUCAGUGGCAAUAAAGUAAAGGCUAAAACUAAAAAAAUUGGAUUUUACCAGUUUGAUAGAUGUUGGGGGGUAUGUGAAGUAUUAAAGUAUUAUUUUUGUAGUUUAUAAUUUAUAUUUUUUAAUUUUUUUUUUUUUUGGUAUUUAGGAACUAAGUACUCCAGGUGCUGUAAAUAGAGAAGAUGAUAUCCAGGUUCAACAUAAUUACUAUAAUAUCAAAAAGAAACAUGGAGAAUUCAAUGAAAAGAAGGAAAUCUAUUCAUCCUAUUACAAUCAUUUUCAAGUUUUGAAUAAUGAAUGUAAAGAUGUAUCUGUUACUGAUAGAAAACGUAAUGAUGAUUUUAAUACUUUAUCUUAUACAACAGUGGUCAGGUUUAGUGAAAAAGAAAAGAGAAAAAAAUGAUUUAAAAUAUGUGUUGUUUCUAUCUAAUUCGCUAUAGUGAAUGAAUUAAAUUAUAUUAUUUACAGUAUAUUUCUAUGCUGUACAUAGGUGUUCUGAUUGUAUAAUGUCUGGGUGUUAAUUUGUCUUAAACAUCUUUAAUAAUUAUGAUAACAUUUAAAAAUCUUUAGUUUAAUUGAAGUUUGAUCAUUUUUAAGUUACAUAAGAUAAAUCAAAAGGUUAGGUGGUCUAUUCAAAAUAUAAAGUAUUAUAUUUUCUCAACAAUUUUGAAUGUGGGUUUCUCCAUAUUUAGUAAUAUUUAAUAUAAUAUAUCCCCAUAUUUAAUAGUAUCUAUACUUUUCUUUUGUUUGGUAUAAUUUUACUCCACCUAUUUAUAAUGGAAUGGCUGACAUGCGUAUAUAUUUCUUUAGUUUUUAAAAUGUUUUAAGCAUAUCCAGAUAAAUUGUCACUAAAUAAUUUGAAUUUAUAUUCAUAAUUUUAAAUUGAAAGUUAUGAAAAAAAUGACAUAAUAACAAUGGUCAAUAGAUAUGUUAAAUAUUUUUAAUAAUUUGUAGUAGUUAAAAAUGUUCGAAAAUAUUUUGUGGAAACACUAUUUUAUUAGAAAAAUAAUUUUUACACUAAAUCAAUCAUUUUGGUUGCUGCUUGGUUACUGUAGGUUGUUAUCAAGGUAGAAUUAUUUUCCUACAAUAUAUUCACCAAUAUAAUGUUUCUAAUAAAUACAGGUGGGACAAAAUGCAGUCACAGUCCUUAGAUUUAUUUUCUAAUAAUAAUUCAAGCACAGUUAUAAAUAUUUUAUGAUUUAAUCAUUUAAAAUUUUUAUUACAUCAAAUAAAUAUUAAAUUUCUAUACUCCUUCCAAAAAUAUCUAACACUUGUUUAUAAAUUAUUAUAUAUACUUUAUUCAGUGGUUUCAGAAACUUUGAAUGAUAUAAACUUUGCCAAUUUAUCAUUCAUUAUUAUUGAUCAUCAAUUGUAUAGUUUCACACAGUACUGAAUUAGUAUAUGAUAUACUACUAUAAUAUUACUAAAAAUAUAGUCAAAACUAAAACUCAUAUGCACUAAAAAUAAAAAUUAUUGUUUUUAUUAAUAUCAUUAAGAUCUUACAUUUAAUUUAACAACUGGCUUGCCAUACUAGGCAACCAAAAUUGGAUCAUAAAAUGAAAUUUUAUUUAAUAAAAAUGCAUGUAUUUUUUUUUUAUCAAUUAACAUUUUCAUUCAAUUAACGACAAAAAAUAACUAGUAAUUUUUUAUAAAAACAUUGUAAAUGCAUUCCAAUUCUCAAAUGCCUUAGAUAUAGAAAAUUAAAUUUUAUUUUUAGAAUUUUUGAUGCAUAGAUCAUAUUUUAUUCACUAGUAUUUUUAUCUGUAUUUAUUAACCAAUGCUACAGAAUUGAGUUCCUGAUGUUUAUAGCUGUAAAUAAAAAUAAUUUAAGAAUAAUUACUUUUUUAAGCAUUUUAUUUUCUGGGACAGAAUAAACAUAUUAGUAUUUUUUAACUGACAGUUUGUCCUUUGUUUAUUCCAUUUGUAUUUGUUCAGAAACUAAACUAUAAUUGUAUUAUUAAAUUAAAUAAUGAUAUAAAAAAAAUUGUACUUCAUAAUAUUUAAGCCUUCUAAAUUAAUAAGACACUAUGUUUAAAAUAAUAUUUCUAAUAUUACAUUUACAAGUAAUUAUUUUUUUUCUUAUAGGUACUUUGCAAUGCUCUCAAAAAUAACAUCUUCAUGAGAAUUAAAUAAUAUUAAUAUAAUUAUAUAAAUGUAAUUUUAUAUUUACUGCAAAGGUAAAUAUUAUACUGCAAAUAGAUUAAUGUUUUACAUUUUUAAAAAUUUAAAAAGUGUUUGUAGCAGCAAUAUGGGCAAACAAUUGGAUCUAAUAAAAUUCUAUAAUAUUAUGUAUUAAGAAUUACAUGUUUUUAUUAGUUUUCCUCAUAUCAGCCUUGUUUAAUAAUAUAUAAGAAUUCAAUGUAUGUUUUUGUUACAAUAUUAAUAUUUGGACAAUUUUAUUUGUAAAAUGUUUAUUUGGAGAUAAAUCAAUUUUAACUUCUACAUAAAAUGUCACUAACAGUGUUAAUUGUAACUAAUAUAGUUAUAUAAUGAAAACUAAAAUAAGAUUUUUAAAUUUAUUAAAUAUUACUAGUUUUUUUCCCUGAAAAUUAACUCUUAGUAUAUUAUUAUGAUGAACAAUAUUGUAGGCGUAUUGUGAUAGAUAUUAAUGUAAGUUAUAUUUUAUAGGGAUACAAGGUAAUAGAGUAUAAGGUAGUAAAAACCACAUUAUUCAAAAUUCCAAAUUCUAAUAAUAAGUUAAUUGUAGUUUGUAAAUAUCAUAAUAGAAAUCUCUAACAAUUUAUUAAUAUUCUUUCAGUACCAUUUAUUACUAUAACUAUAAUUUUUUUUUUUUUUAUACAUAUUUAAUAUAGUUACAAUUGACACUACUUAUACUUCACAUUUUUUUUUAUUAUUAAGACAUUUUUUUGCUCUGAUUGCUGCGUAACAACCAAUUUUGUUUGUAACAAUUUUUUUUUUGUUUACGAAAUAGUCGGGUUUAUAAUAUUAUAGCAUAAACUUUUAAAAAUACUUUCUUGUAAUUAUUUUUUAAUUCAAUAAAAUAUAUUUUGGUCGCUACUUUUUAUUUUUAUUAAUCCUUAGAUUUUAUAUAAUAUAUUUCAUUUAAUUUGUCAGUAUACAAAAUAUUUAAUAUAACAUAGUUAGUAUAUUUUGUUUAUAAUAAAAUCAAUGUAUUAGUAUGUUCUUGUGCAAUGUAUAUUUAUGUAUACUAUAUACAUUUAUACAAUUAGUUAACAAAAUAGAAAAAUUCAAAUUACAUAUAUUGUUUGAAUCUAAAUCAUAAUUAUAUUUACUAAGGAUACAAAGCAAAUUAUCAAAUAAGAAUAUUAUCAACAGAAAAAUGUAUUAUUAUUUUGUAUUAACCCUUUAUAUUUUCUAUUAAAAUCUCUUAUCUUUUAAAUAAUUGAUAAUACUCAUAUUUUACUAUUUAAUUAAUUGUUAUUUUAUAAAAUAUUGUCAACAAUAAAUUAUCAGAAUCGUUUAUUUAUGAUAAAAUUGCAGUGUUCAAAUUAAAACAUGUAUUUAUUUUUUAAGAGAAGAUUCCAUCUGAUGACCUACAAUAUGCACAACAUAGAAAUGUAAUAUUUUUGUCUUUUUCUCCUUCAUCAUUACAACUCUUUAGGGUCACCCUCAUCCUAAACUUUCACUUGGCCCGAUCUAUUCCAAAUACACUUGCUUUUCUCAUAUUAUUCUCAAUCCUAAUGGAGUCUUUUUAUAUUGUAUUUCAUUAAAAUGAUAUAGUAAUGUAAUAAUAUUUAACUUAAUGGGUUAUUUAUUUUUCAGAAAAAUCUAUUAAGGCCUAAUAACUAAUCUGUUUUACUGAUGUUGAUUUUUAUCAAGUUAAUAUCCUUUGUUACUUUUUGGCUUUUGAGAUGAUCCAGCAAUAGAUAUAAUUAUUAUACACAACUAGUAAAUAUUGUUGUUGGGGAAUUACUAAAUUAUUAUUAAUAUUCAGAUUUAAUGGUCACUAACUGGAUAACACUAAUUAAUUAAAUAAAGAUUGAAAUUAACUAAUUCAAUAAUUAAUAUUUGUGUCAAAUUCAAAUUUUCAUUUAAAAAUCUAUGAGAAUAAUACUACAUUACUAUGUUGAGUGUGUGAUAGCAAAUUUUUAGUUAAUAUUCUAAAGCUUUUUAUUAUACUAUUUGUACCAAUUCUAUAUGAGUACACUACCUAUUUAAUAAAAUCCAUUGCAAUUUUAUCAUGAUGCAUAGAAUAGUUUAUAGAUAUAUACAUAUAUUGAAAUAAAUGAAAAUACAUUAUUUAUAAAUACUUUAAUUAGUUGUGUUUGUCAUACACAUUCUGUAUUAAUUAUUAUAACACUAUUUUUUUUUUAAAUUUUACAAUUAGUUGGAAAAAUUAUUAAACUAUUAAGUUCUUUUCAUUUAUAGUUUCAUAUCUGUGAUUAUUUAGAAAUAAGAAGAAAUUAAAGUAGAUGCAUAUCAUAAUAUGUGUGGGUGACAUUAUAAUAUUGUUGAACUAUAAUUUUUGCUUUUAAACUGGUGAAAAAUGUAUCAAUUGGUGAUGCUAUAGUACUACAACAAUACUUUAUAUCUAAUUUAUGUUAAUACUUUUGGUUUGAUGUCUAUCAACUGUUGCUUGUAAUAAAUUCCAACUUAUGGAUUUAGUGGCUGGAAAUAUUAACCACAGUAAUAGUACAAAUACCUUAUACUUAUAUAACAUUUGUAUUUUUAAUACUAAAUUAUUAAAAAGCCAUUUCUCAAUGUAAAAUAACCACUGUUUAAUGAGAAAAUAUAUAAAAAUUCUAAAACUGAUCAAAUGUAAAAAAAAAUUUAUAGUAAUUUUAGUAUAAAUAUCCAAAUACUUAUAAACUGUAUGAUAUGAUUAAUUAUAAUAAUAAUAGAAAAAGUAUAAAUAUUUAACUAUUUGUCAAGGUUAAUAAUCAGAGCUCAGAUUUUAUAGCACUGCAAAUAACUGAAACAUGCACUAUAUAUGGCUUAAUAAAUAAUAUUAAAAUAAAUGCUAUAAUAUGUUCAAAUAUUUUUAAAAUAAGUUAUAGCAUGCCAUAAAAAUAUGAAAAAUAACUAAGAAGUAAAUUUAUUUAUUUUUUAAAUAUAUAUAUGCAACUGAGAAAAGUUAUAAAUGCAAACUAUGAGUCAAGAAGCCGGGCUACAUAAAAAUAAAUUAUGAUAGGAAAAUGUAGAUAUAUUUCUUAAGGAUUCACUUAAAAGAAAGAUUUUUAAAAAAAUACAAAGUAAACCAUUAUAUUAUACAUAUAAUCAAAAAAAUAGCGCUAAAAAUCCGAAUUACUUUAAAUAUGCAAAAAAUAGUAUUAUGAAAUUUCAUAUUUGUAGUCUGGCUGAUAAAAUAAACGUAAAGCUCACUCUGCUAGUUUUAUCCGCAUCCCGUAAUAAUUAGCAAAUGCUAUAAAAUCCGAGUUUUGUUAAUAACCAUUAGACUACAUAUUAAGAUUUUAUAAUAAUUAUACCUAACUAUACCUAUUACUAC